AUGGUUCUUUCUAAGUUAAUGAAACCCGAUAAAACUCCACCUACACCCUUGGAGGAGGAAAUUCAUGCUACUCUUGUAGAUCUACAAGGGCACGAGGAUGUUUCGGAUGCCUUCAAAAUGCUAUACUUCUGUGGCGCUAAGGAAUUCGAAAUCGGUCACGAAAAAGCCAUUGUAAUUUUCGUCCCUGUAAGUCAACUCCGCACAUACAACCAAUUGAACAAUCGUUUGGUUGGCGAAUUGGAAAAAAAGCUUCGUGGUGCUCAAGUUUUCAUUGUUGCCUUCAGACGCAUCAUCAACAAGCCCAAAAGAAAUUGCAGGAGCAAUCCGAAGCAAAAAAGACCACGAAAUCGCACACUUACCUCCGUUCAUGAAAACAUACUGAAAGACGUUGUGUACCCUGCAGAGAUCGUUGGAAAGCGUGUUCAACACAAAGUUGACGGAAGCAAACUAAUAAAGUGCCAGUUGGAUGUUUCCCAAAGAAACUAUGUUGAGCAUAAGCUUAAAACGAUUUGUGGCCUUUAUAAAACGCUUACUGGAAAGGAUGUAGCUAUCGAGUUCCCUGAAUGGGUUUUGUAA